AUAACGCGGUGUGCCACGUGGAUCACACGCGACACUCGUUCUUCGGAUGACGCGAUUGCUGACUGAGUGCACGGCCGAAGAGAUAGCGGCCUUUCCUUUCCUUUCUUCCCUCCGUCCACGCCAGCGCCAACAUUAUGGACAUCUCUCGCUGGCUUCAGAACCGCUGGGAACCGCUCGCAAGCUUACAUUCCUCGGCUUCGAGAGAGUUCACCCCAACUGCUGUUAUUUUGGGUCUCCUGAUAGGAUGCUUACUGUGUUUCACGAAUCUAUACUUUGGACUGCAGACCGGCUUCAUCAGCAUGAUGUCUCUGCAAUCCGCCUUGAUUGGCUUCCUCAUAUCAAGAAUGCUGCCCAAUCCUCUUAGUGCCCAAGAAAUAAUAGUCGUGCAAACCACUGCUGUAGCAACCGGAACGAUGCCUUUGGCUGCGGGCUUUGUUGGCAUCCUUCCUGCUUUGGGACUUCUAGAUGAGGAAAGAGAUGGAUCUCCACCCAUUCAUCUUACCUGGAUAGCCGCCGCAGGCUGGUCUUUCGCUGUUGCAUUUUUCGGGGUGUUCAUGUCCCCUCCAAUCCGAAAGCAAGUGAUUAUUGAGGAGCAACUUGCGUUUCCAUCGGGCACCGCUACGGCCCAUCUCAUAUCUGUGCUACAUAAGUUGCCACCGCCGGAAACUGGGUUGCACCGACGACCUGGCUAUGAGCGUAUCGAUGAUGAAGAGAUACCCGAACCUUCUAGUCCGAUCAUAGACCAGGAGGAAAGUGUACUGGUUGCGCAUGAGCAAGAAGUUGUUCAAAGCACUGGUUGGCAAGCGUUGUUAUGGAGUUUCGCUUCGUCGGGGGCUAUGACACUCUCAGCGUACUUCUUCCCGGUUAUCUUCUCCAUCCCUCUAUUUGGAAACUAUCUUGCCAAAGAAUGGUUAUGGACUUUUACUCCUAGUUUGUCCUAUGUCGGUCAAGGGAUCAUAAUGGGUUAUCCCGUGACUUUGUCAAUGAAUUUGGGCAUGUUCGUUGGUUGGGGGAUUCUCUCGCCUCUUUCGAAGCAUCUGGGUUGGGCUCCUGGACCAGUCGGUAGUAUGACGGACGGUGCUCGGGGAUGGAUUCUGUGGAUCUCCUUAGCGAUUAUGUGCGCUGACAGUCUUGUGUCCUUGCUUCCCGUCAUUUUUGGUUAUGUCAAGGAGGCGAUUGGGACAAAUCUCGGAGUUGGCUCAUAUUCAGAUUCUAAAGAAGACAAUGAAGUCGAGACAGCCGAUAGGCUCGUGCCGCAGAGUUGGGUUGUAAUAGGCUGGGUUAUUAGCGUCAUUCUCGGGACAUUCUUGGUCUGGAUUGUCUUUGGUCAUGAAGGAAUUAAACCUUGGGCUACCUUCCUGGGCUUCGUUCUCGGAGGAAUGCUCAGUAUUCUCGCAGUGCGCGCUCUCGGAGAAACGGAUAUCAACCCUGUUUCCGGUCUAGGGAAGAUUUCGCAGCUGUUCUUUGCUUGGAUACAACCUGGAAAUAUUGUAGCGAAUAUCAUAGCAGGGGGAGUAGCAGAGGCCGGGGCCCAACAGGCUGGCGACCUCAUGCAAGAUCUGAAGACAGGGCACCUGUGCCAUGCAUCUCCGAGGGCCCAAUUCUACGGUCAAUUAAUUGGAUCAGCAUUUUCUAUUUUGGUUACAACAACUGCCUAUACCCUAUAUAAUCGGGCAUAUGAUAUACCAGGACCUUCGUUUCCUGCCCCUACGGCGCAUGUUUGGUUAAGCCUGGCGCGACUUUUGCGUGAUGGAAAACUUCCGGAACAAAGUGGCGUAUUCAUGCUCGCUUUUGCAAUCAUAUUUGGGGCUGUAGCAGCAUUUAAGACGUAUGCUACUCGGAGGUAUCUUUGGUACGCCAAGUGGAUACCAUCCGGGGUAGCUUUUGCUAUUGGUUUCUUGAAUACGCCGUCUUUUUCGAUAGCGCGUCUGAUUGGCGGCGUUCUCGACCAUGUCUAUCGUACUCGAUUCGCUAAAGACAGAUCAGAUAUUCGCCUCAUUGUUAUUGCGAGUGGUUUUGUACUGGGUGAGGGCGUUACGAGCAUUGUGUCUUUAAUACUUCGGACAUUUGGUGUUGGUGUUGCUUCAUGCUGGGGGUGUAGCCAUGGCCUGUGUGGAGGAUGCUCUGCAUGAUUUGUUCUUCAUAUUUGUGGUAGACUUGUAUAAUUUAGAAAUACAGAACCGGCGUCUAGUUUGAUCGGAACACGUCGAUGCCACGACACCCAUAUUAGAAGUAUGUAUAAGCGCACAGUGGCGU